UCCCAGCCCAUUGGAAUGUGCUCUGCAAACCAGGAAUUAAGCUCCUCCCUCUCUCUCUCCCUCUCUCCCCCCCCUCAUUUCUUCCUUCAUUCUUUCCCAAAUCAGACACAAGCUGGUGGCCUUGCUCCUAACUGGGACUUUAUAGUCUUUCAGGACCCACACCCAAGUCCGCUGAUCACCCUGGAGACCCAGGAUGGCUACUUCUCUCACCGGCCCAAAGAGAAAGUGCGGACAGACAGCAACAACGAGAACUCGGUCCCCAAAGAUUUUGAGAACGUGGACAACAGCAACUUCGCCCCCAGGACUCAGAAGCAGAAGCACCAGCCUGAGUUGGCGAAGAAGCCCCUGAGCAGACAGAAGGAGCUCCUGAAAAGGAAGCUGGAGCAGGAGAAGGCGAAGGGACAUUCGUUCCCGGGCAAAGGCCCCAAUGAGGUGCUGCCUCCCGGCGAGAGAGCCACAGUGAACAGUAGCCGUGGGAAGGAUGCCCCCAGACAGCCCCACCCCAGGAAAAGCGGGGGUAGCUCCCCUGAGAUCAAGUAUGACCAGCCCCCCAAGUGCGACAUUUCUGGCAAGGAGGCCAUCUCCGCCCUGUCCCGCUCUAAAUCCAAGCACUGCCGCCAGGAGAUCGGGGAGACCUACUGCCGCCACAAGCUCGGGCUGCUGAUGCCAGAGAAGGUGACUCGGUUCUGCCCACUGGAAGGCAAAGCCAACAGGAACAUCCAGUGGGACGAAGAUUCGGUGGAGUACAUGCUGGCCAACCCGGUCCGGAUCGCCUUCGUCCUGGUGGUGCACGGCCGCGCCUCUCGGCAGCUGCAGCGCAUGUUCAAGGCCAUCUACCACAAGGACCACUUCUACUACAUCCACGUGGACAAGCGCUCCAAUUACCUGCAUCGCCAAGUGCUCCAGUUCUCCAGGCAGUACCACAAUGUGCGUGUCACCCCCUGGAGGAUGGCCACCAUCUGGGGGGGAGCCAGCCUCCUGUCCACAUACCUACAGAGCAUGCGGGACCUCCUGGAGAUGACCGACUGGCCCUGGGACUUCUUCAUCAACCUCAGCGCAGCCGACUACCCCAUCAGGACAAAUGACCAGCUGGUGGCUUUUCUCUCCCGAUACCGAGACAUGAAUUUCUUGAAGUCACAUGGCCGGGACAAUGCAAGGUUCAUCCGGAAACAGGGCCUGGACCGGCUCUUCCUGGAGUGUGACGCCCACAUGUGGCGCCUGGGGGACCGGCGGAUCCCAGAGGGCAUUGCAGUGGAUGGCGGCUCCGAUUGGUUCCUGCUGAACCGCAAGUUUGUGGAGUAUGUGACGUUCUCCACAGACGAUCUGGUGACUAAAAUGAAGCAGUUCUACUCCUAUACCCUGCUUCCUGCUGAGUCCUUCUUCCACACGGUCCUGGAGAACAGCCCCCACUGCGACACCAUGGUGGACAACAACCUGCGCAUCACCAACUGGAACCGCAAGCUGGGCUGCAAGUGCCAGUACAAGCACAUCGUGGACUGGUGCGGCUGUUCCCCCAAUGACUUCAAGCCCCAGGACUUCCACCGUUUCCAGCAGACGGCCCGGCCCACCUUCUUUGCCCGCAAGUUCGAAGCCGUGGUGAACCAGGAGAUCAUCGGGCAGCUGGACUAUUACCUGUAUGGGAACUACCCUGCGGGCACCCCUGGGCUCCGCUCCUACUGGGAAAACGUCUACGAUGAGCCCGAUGGCAUCCAGAGCCUGAGCGACGUGGCGCUCACCCUGUACCACUCCUUCGCCCGCCUGGGCCUGCGCCGGGCUGAGACCUCCCUGCACACAGACGGGGAGAACAGCUGCAGGUACUAUCCAAUGGGCCACCCAGCAUCUGUCCACCUCUACUUCCUUGCUGACCGCUUCCAGGGCUUUCUGAUCAAGCAUCAUGCUACCAAUCUGGCCGUGAGCAAACUCGAGACGCUGGAGACAUGGGUGAUGCCAAAGAAAGUCUUCAAGAUUGCAAGUCCACCCAGCGACUUUGGGAGGCUUCAGUUUUCUGAGGUCGGCACUGACUGGGAUGCCAAGGAGAGGCUCUUCCGCAACUUUGGGGGUCUCCUGGGGCCCAUGGACGAGCCAGUAGGCAUGCAGAAAUGGGGGAAGGGCCCCAACGUGACGGUGACUGUCAUCUGGGUGGAUCCCGUCAACGUCAUUGCAGCCACUUACGACAUCCUGAUUGAAUCCACUGCCGAAUUUACCCACUACAAGCCCCCUUUGAACUUGCCCCUGAGGCCUGGGGUCUGGACAGUGAAAAUUCUCCACCACUGGGUGCCAGUUGCAGAGACCAAAUUCCUCGUUGCACCUCUGACCUUCUCCAGCAGGCAGCCCAUCAAACCGGAGGAGGCACUAAAGCUGCACAACGGACCCCACCGCAACGCCUACAUGGAGCAGAGCUUCCAGAGCCUGAACCCCGUGCUCAGCCUGCCCGUGAGCCCCGCGCAGGUGGAGCAGGCGCGCAGGAACGCUGCCUCCACGGGCGCCGCGCUGGAGCGCUGGCUGGACUCGCUGGUGGGCGGCGUGUGGACCGCCAUGGACAUCUGUGCCACCGGCCCCACCGCCUGCCCGGUCAUGCAGACCUGCAGCCAGACGGCCUGGAGCUCCUUCAGCCCGGACCCCAAGUCAGAGCUGGGGGCGGUCAAACCCGACGGCCGGCUCAGGUAGCACUGGGCGUGCGUGGGCCACAACGGAUGUCAAAGGGAACACAGCCAGAGGGCAGAUGGGGCCAGGACCCUGGCCUCCCACCCAGGGGGUGCCUUUUGUGGGAGGGGCUCUCCUGGCCACAGAAUGAUGGAGAAGGAAGGUUCUGAGGUCAAAGCCCGGUCUGCCAAUGACCUGCAUUUGGCAAGCUGGCUCUUGGGGGCAUGGUCUUACCUCUUCUGGCUGAUCCUCAAAUCCUACAGGGUCCUAGUCUUCCCCCUCCAAUGACCCAACCCCCCAGACAAGUGAUUCUCAAACUUUACUUUGAGCAGCAAAACUUUGUUUACCAAGCGCAGUCCUGGGUGGGAGUUCAAGGUGCAGGUGAAACCCAGGCUGCUCAGGGUGAAGGUGGGGAGAUGGAGGCUCCUUCUCAAAGCUCAGCCCACCGGGCGGUCCCUGUGCCAAGGGCAUCUCCUAAGGUACCUCUUCAGAACCCAAGGGCUCUGCAAAACCCAGUUUGAAAAGCACUGCCCAGACGGUGGGUUUGACCUCCAGCCCCCGCCCUUCGGCUCAUCUUCCCGCUCCUCUGCUCCAGGAAACCCUUGUGCCAGCCCUGAAAUGACAGGCCCCUGAAAGUCAUGCUCAUGGGCCCUCCCCAGGGAGGCAGUAGGCUCAGGAUGGCUCUGAGCUUCCCACUGGCCCUUCUUCUUAGUAAAUAGAUGAGCAGGGAAGCCUUUUGGUAUGACAUGGCCAAGGUCCACCAGAGUGUGACUGCCAAGUGCCACACUCCCUCAAGGAAAAAUGGGACGAUGGUGAACAUUGAGUCUCCAGCCAUUUAUGGACCAGGAGACCAAGACCAUGACCUUGCUGAUCCUUGAAAGUGGGAACGUUGGGGUCCAUGGCCAUGAAACUCAUAGAUUGUUUGGAGCAAAAUCGCUGAGCAAGACAGCACAGCAAUAUCCAUCCCCUGCUUGAGCCUUUUGGUCCUGAGGUCAGGCCCCCCCAAACCUCUGUGAAUGGCGCACUUGGUGCUGUUGGGAGUGACCAAACCGCAUGGACCAGACUUUUUACAUCAAGGAAAAAGCAUUUCCGAUUUGGUUUUUAAAUGCAUGCCCUUCCUUAUCCGAGGUGCCAGCAGGCCCAUCUGACAUGCAGUGUAGAAGCGGGAAGCUUGAGUGUCUGGUUGUUUAAAACCUAAACAAUAGUAUUAUUCAAAUGGCCUGAGCUGCCAGAAAUCUGAAGGGUUUCCUCGCCAUGUGCCCUGUGGAGGGCCCCCCUGCGCCUCUGAGAGCCCCUUCCGGGAGGCCCCCUUCCUCCCCUGAUCCCGCCCUCCCCCGAAGGACAGGGUUCCCUUGGACAAGUCCCAGUCCCACCCCUGGUUGCAAACUGUCCUUCCCAAGAAAGCCAGCCCUCGAUGUGCAUCUCUCCAGCGUGAGUUAGAAGGUACUGCAGUUCCUUCCUAUGACCUUUCAGCUACUCCCCCAGAACCACCCCCUCCCCCACCCAGCAAGGCAGGAGGUCCGAUGGGCAAUGGAGAGUAUAGAAAAAGGACACUUUAGAUAUUUAUUAUUUAUAUGUUUUAGUCAAUGACUAAUUAGUAGGUGCUGUUUUUGCAGCUUGACCAUUGUUAUCUUACUAACGGAAACUGCCUUUAUUCACGAAAGGCCCGCCCAGCCCUUUCCCUCCCCCUCUCUCUCCUCCCCACCUCCUAGUGUCUCUCUCUCUGUCUCUCUCAGUCUCUCUCUCUCUCUCUGUGUCUGCCCUACAUUCUCUGUGUCCUCAGAGGACAGCAGGGAUGUUGGAUACCAUGGGGAGGAUGCUCCAACUAGCGUCAUCCCCUGGCUGAAAGUGGGGUAACCUUGGAACAUCGGAGCCUCGUUUUUCCUCGUACAGGGUGUUAGCCCCAUCCAGCCCUUCAGGUCUGGGGGUGCUGGAAUUCCUGAGCCAUCCCUACUCCCUGCCCCAGGCACAGGGACAGGCCAGGCCAGCCUGUAGAGGGAGAGUGUGCAGACCACAGAGCUCCGGCAACCCCAGCCUCCUCCUUGGGUGACCUCCUUCGGCCAGUGUGACCAUGAGCCUCCAUGUAACAUGACAGAAUGACAGAGGGAAACAGGCUGCUUCCAAGCCAGGGAGGAAAAGAAAUCUAUUUUAGGAAGAGGGUAGGUGGUCAGACCAGGCCAGAAGAACCCAAGAGAUGGCCACGGUCAACCGUGGUUCCAGGGACCUCAGAGUGGUUUUCUCAGAAAUGCCCUAUAAUUUCUAAAUGGAAUUCCAAGCUGUGAGAGGCCCCUGCCAUGCCCUCUUUCUGUUCCCACCUUUUGUCUCUGGCCAGAGUGUCCCUUUGUCUGUCAGAGCCGCCCAGGGAGACUCUUAUCUCCCUCCUCACCAGACCACUAGGACUUGGUGUUUCCCAAUGUCAUUUGCAGUGGCCUUGAGGGCUCAGCCCUGACACAUCCGUGUGGAGCGUGUGCCUGCUGGCUCCUGCACCCACUGACAUUGCUGCCUUUUGUUCCCAUCUUGGAACAAGCGGAGAAAGUGGCAGAACUGGCUUACUCUGGGGACAUCCCCACCCCAUCUCUGUCCUGGGCUUCACUCACCUCUCCCUGCAGUGAAUUCUGGGACACUGCACGGUCACCCAGGUGUUCCUUAAUGCCCUUUGUUUCCGGAUAGAGAAUAACUUUGCAGAUGCUACAUUUGUUUAAAAAGAGAGGGAGAGAGGGAAUUCCAAACAAAGCCCAGGAUGAUUUGAGAAAAAGUGAUCUGUUCCAGGGAAAAUAGUUUCACUUUUUUUUAAAUCUGCCUAAGAGUGAUUUAUUGGUUAGAAGCCAGUGAUCAGGCUGCCUUCAGCAGUGGUUGCCUGAGAGUGUUACAAGCAUGAGACCGAGGUCUCCGGAAGCCCCGUUCCAGUCUGCAGCAUAGUGGCUGUGGGCAGAGUCACUGGCCAGGCCCCAGGACUGCAGGGAAACUGAAAGGUGGGACAGGGUCGGCUUUGAGACAGAAGGAAGCACUCAGUAGCUGCCGCACUCGGCAUGAUUUCCCAGCAUCCCAGGGAUAUGCAGGCAGAGACGGAGCUCGGGAGGCCUCCCACUGCCCACUGCACACUGCACACUGCCCAGGCCAUGCACACUGCCCAGGCCAUGCACAAAGCACUAAGGCUCAAAGGGGGGCACGAGCAAUUCCCAAGGCCCCAUGUUUUAACAAGUGCACCCAUUCCUCCCUUUGGAGAAAGGCUUUCUUAUCCGAUUGGGAGUCAUUCUGACUUUAUUUCCCAUUGUUAGCUCAACUUCUUAAAACGCAAGUGGCAUUUAGAGAGGCAGAGCAAGGCCACGCACGCCCACCGAAGGUGCGGAUUGCAGCUACUCUGGGCCCAUGCCUGUGCUGUGUGGUCCGUGCUUCCUUCUGGUUCUCUAGUUUCCAAGUGCAAGGAGGUCACUGGCUGGAGCCUUGAUCUCUUUGCUGAGAAGGUGCAAAACAGGAGAGCAGUAGCUCUCUGGGUUUGGGGUGUGAGCAAAGACCCCUUUCACAGCCAAGUUCACUAGGAAACUCAGGACACAAGCUCUUCAGCAGCAUCCGGGGGGAUACACUAAAUAGAGCUGUUGGCAAAAGCCUGCCAGAUCAAAGUGGCACCCUGUGGUUGAGGUCACAAAUGCCUAUGGGGUCCAGAACACUAACAGAGAUGAGUGAAGCAGUUGGUGUAACACAGUAGGGAGUGGUGGGGACUGUGGUCUGCUGGCACCACUUGACCCAUCCAAAAAGAGCAGCGACUACUCAGCUCCAGCCUGUCAGUGCCUAUGAGAAUGCAGGCACCGUGUCGCAGAACCUUCCAAUUUGGUACGGGAAGCGAAAAAUCCAGAUUUUAAUAGGAAAUCUGAUUUUAAAUGUUGGCUUUUUUUUUUUUUUAACAGAGGAUGGGCACAGAUAAAUCCCACAGUUCAGCCUGUUUACCUCACUCUGGAGAUGUGGUUUAAAAGGAGAUUUUAAAGGAGGAUGGGCGUUGCCCCUGUGAGGAGGGGAAAGCCAGCAUUAAGAAAGGGCAAAAAUAAUAGCUCACGUUGAACUCUGAAGGGGUCAGGAAUCUCUUCCUACUCAUUCCCAUCCCAAAGAGACAGUCCCACAGAGGAGGUGUCCCUGGAGAACUGGCUUGUUCAGAUCUCCUGGUCCCCACGCAGUUUGUGGUGAAGGGAAGGAGGAACAGAAUUGGGGGCCGCAGCUGUUGCCCCAUAAACCUCAGGGGGUCCACGCUGCCCAGGUCCUCACCUUCUGGAAUUCCAUCACACCCGGGUGGAGAGGUCAAGGAUGGGGUCCAGGAAGGGGGUGGCGUAUGAAACAAGUGUUAGCAGCCAGCUAGCCGGCUGUCUGAAAGCUUGGGAACCGUGCUGGGGCUGUGCUUACAGGGCAUCCUCUCAGCUUCUGCCUCAGUUACCUUACUUUGCCCAUGGGUCUACCACAGGCGCUACCUCACCGUGUCUGCUGAGAAGUUUACCUUGGGGGGCAUGAAGGUGGCCAAGUCUGCUUGAGCAGAAUGUACGAUCUAUGCAAAUUCUGUGUCUCUGUUUCUCUCUCUCUCUUUCUCUCUCUCUCCUCUGUCUGAAGUACUAUUAUUUUUUACCUUGCAAACAAGAUACUGUAUAGACCCCCUCUUAAGACUGAGGAAGGCUUUCUUGCGCCACCUGUGUCCACCCUUCACGGUGUCAUUGGUUCUGUCCCUCCCUCCCCCGUCGCGUGGCUGGGAGCUCGGCUGCCUCUGUCCACAGGCCCCACAGAAAAGCAGGUUCUGCCCCUUGCCACCUCCACCCCUAACCCAUCUUCUCCACGCCUCACUUUCCUCUGACUUGCUUACUAUCUCCCCAUCCCAUCCCCCCCAAAAAGCCUUAGGUUCUCCUUUUUGAAAUGUGGCCUUAAAAUUAUUUUUGGAAAGCUCACCGCCCUCUCCCUCCCAUUUCCACCAACAUCUGAGAAGAAAGAGCCCCUUGCAGCUUUCGUGGAAACCUCCUAAGCGAGGGGUGGCCAAUCUGUAGUUUGCAGAUGCUUAGGAAUUGCUCAUAAAUGUCGCCUUUAGGAAAAAUAAUUCUGAAAUGUUUCCCGUGGGUACAGUGAAGGCCUGGGUGCUCAUCUAGACCUCAGCCAGCCCCUGAAGCGCUCUCUCCGUGUGUAUUGUCGCCGCAAUGAAUGGGCUGGUGGCUCCAUCGCCAGCCGGGCGCUAGCUCCGGCUUCCAACCCUCGCCUUCCCAAACACUCGGUGACCCACGUACUUCAGCCAAGGGUACAUCAGGA